UCGUUGCAAUGUUGCUGCAAUAUUCUGUGCUGUAUGGGACGUCUAUGGAAUGAACGCGAACGUGUUCCGUGCGUGCCAUAUGCGAUCGAGCGUGGACCUCGCGCGCAAAAACGCUUAGGCCCCCGUUUCACCAAUGCGUCACGCCGUGACGAGGCUCGAUUUGCGCGCAGCUAAUUAUAGCCGCGAAUAUUCUAGCACACGCUCGACAAUUCCAGCGUCUACCCACGUUUCUUCUCUCCGUCCUUGUUUCACCGUCACGUCCCUCCUCGUCGCUCCCGCGUCCGACCGCCAAUGGAAGCGUCUCGUGGCUCCGCGGGAUCGCGCCCUGAUUGGUCAUCCGCUUCUCGAAGCUUCUCGAAGCUUCUCGAAGCGGGCGAUUCGGUGUAUUAAAAGCGCGGCGCGCGGGCUGCGCCGUCAGUUUCGCAACAGACGCGACGAGGGUCGGAGUAGGCGUCAAGUGUAACAGUGAGCAACGCCGAGUGUUCUAUUCACGAGUCUAUUCAAGUCUUGGACGUUUUAGAGAAGACUAUCGCGAGUGAUUACCGCCGAGGAAACUGAGAGAGACCGGCGAGAUGUCGAAAGCACCGGCAAUCGGGAUCGACCUGGGCACCACGUACUCGUGCGUGGGCGUCUUCCAGCACGGCAAGGUCGAGAUCAUCGCCAAUGACCAGGGCAACCGGACGACGCCGAGCUACGUGGCCUUCACCGACACCGAGAGGCUGAUCGGCGACGCGGCGAAGAACCAGGUCGCCAUGAAUCCCAGCAACACCAUCUUCGAUGCAAAGCGUUUGAUCGGCCGCCGUUUCGAUGACGCGACCGUGCAGAGCGACAUGAAGCACUGGCCGUUCGAGGUGGUCAGCGAUGGCGGGAAACCGAAGAUCAAGGUGUCGUACAAGGGCGAGAUGAAGACCUUCUUCCCCGAGGAGGUGUCCUCCAUGGUUCUGACGAAGAUGAAGGAGACCGCGGAGGCGUACCUGGGCAAGACUAUAACAAACGCCGUCAUCACGGUGCCGGCUUACUUCAACGACUCGCAGAGGCAGGCGACAAAGGACGCCGGCGCCAUCGCCGGCCUGAAUGUCCUCAGGAUAAUAAACGAGCCGACGGCCGCCGCGAUAGCCUACGGUCUUGAUAAGAAGGCCACGGGCGAGAAGAACGUUCUGAUCUUCGACCUGGGCGGCGGCACCUUCGACGUAUCGAUUCUGACGAUCGAGGACGGCAUCUUCGAGGUCAAGUCCACGGCCGGUGACACGCAUCUCGGCGGCGAGGACUUUGACAAUCGAAUGGUGAACCACUUCGUGCAGGAGUUCAAGAGGAAGUACAAGAAGGACUUGAGCAGCAACAAGAGGUCCCUGAGACGCUUGAGGACCGCCUGCGAGAGGGCGAAGAGAACGUUGAGCUCGUCGACGCAGGCGAGCAUCGAGAUCGACUCGUUGUUCGAGGGUAUCGACUUCUACACGUCGGUCACCAGGGCCAGGUUCGAAGAGCUCUGCGCCGAUCUGUUCAGGAGCACUCUCGAGCCUGUGGAGAAGGCGCUCAGGGACGCCAAGAUGGACAAGGCUCAGGUUCACAGCAUCGUUCUAGUCGGUGGCUCCACCAGGAUACCAAAGAUUCAGAAGCUACUUCAAGAUUUCUUCAACGGCAAGGAGCUGAACAAGUCCAUCAAUCCGGACGAGGCCGUUGCCUACGGCGCGGCGGUUCAGGCGGCGAUUCUGCACGGCGACAAGUCCGAGGCCGUCCAGGAUCUGCUUCUGCUGGACGUGACUCCGUUGUCGUUGGGCAUUGAGACCGCUGGCGGCGUCAUGACCACCUUGAUCAAGAGGAACACAACGAUACCGACGAAACAGACCCAGACGUUCACCACGUACUCCGACAAUCAACCGGGAGUGCUUAUCCAGGUCUACGAGGGAGAGAGAGCGAUGACCAAGGAUAACAACAUCCUCGGCAAAUUCGAGCUGACGGGUAUACCUCCUGCGCCUAGGGGUGUACCGCAAAUCGAAGUUACCUUCGAUAUCGACGCUAACGGCAUAUUGAACGUCUCUGCGAUCGAGAAAUCUACAGGCAAGGAGAACAAGAUCACGAUUACCAACGACAAGGGUCGCUUGUCGAAGGAGGACAUUGAGAGGAUGGUGAACGAAGCCGAGCAGUACCGAUCGGAGGACGAGCAGCAGCGGGAAAGGAUUUCCGCUAAGAACUCCCUCGAGUCUUACUGCUUUAACAUAAAAAGCACGAUGGAGGACGAGAAAGUCAAGGAUAAGAUCGAGGCCUCUGACAAGGAGAAGGUGCUCUCCAAGUGCAACGAGAUCAUCUCCUGGUUGGACGCCAAUCAAUUGGCGGAGAAGGAAGAGUUCGCUGAUAAACAGAAAGAACUGGAGGCCGUUUGCAAUCCCAUCGUCACGAAAUUGUAUCAAAGUGGCGGAGCGCCCGGUGGUGUCCCCGGUGCUGGCGGAGCGGGACCCAACCCUGGUGCCGGCGGCGCCGGACCAACCAUCGAGGAAGUCGAUUAAGUUAAAUGGCGAACUCGUAGUUGUUUAUUCUCAUAUAGUCUUCACAUUGUUGUGUUUCAUUUCACUCAACCACACGCAUCGUUAAUUCAACAGCAUAGUUUCCUUUAAGUUUUUAUUUUCUCAAGAGUUUAUGAGCUGUAAAAAUGUGAUUCUAUUGUAUUAUAUAGUGAUAAGUUUGUUAUAUUUAAAAUAUCGUAUCUCUUUUUAUCUUUCUACGAUAAUUUUUAUCACCUAGCACUUUCCAUCCAAUUACGCAUCUAGAGUUUCGGGUCGAUAAAAUUGUACGAGGAUUAUCAGAUAAGUGGUGAUCACUCCGACAAACUGGAAAAAAGCUUUUUUUCAUUUAAUUGUUCCGACAGCUAUUAUAAAAAUGUCAAGAGUUCACUCUUUGUGAAUUCUACUGAAAUUAAUAAAUUGCGUACUCACACCACUGA